GGCCCCUCGAUUUAAGGGCUUCCAGCAACAGGACAGCCAGGAGCUUCUGCACUAUUUGCUAGAUGCAAUGAGGAUUGAAGAAACAAAGCGUAUACAAACUGGUAUCUUAAAGGCAUUCAAUAAUCCAACUACUAAAACAGCAGAUGAGGAGACCAGAAGAAAAGUCAAAGCGUAUGGAAGAGAGGGUGUGAAGAUGAACUUCAUAGAUAGGAUCUUUGUUGGUGAAUUGACUAGCACUGUCAUGUGUGAGGAAUGUGAAAAUAUUUCAACAGUAAAAGAACCUUUCAUUGAUCUUUCACUUCCUAUAAUAGAGGAAAGGGUUGCAAAACCUGUGCCUUUGGGAAGGACAAGUAAAGGCAAAAGUGUACAAGAAGCAGACCUUGGUCAGUAUAACUGUUCUUCUAUCACUGCACUGAAUAAUCAACCAAAAAUUGUCAGGAAACACCCUUUAACAAAAGAUAAGAACCAGCUGAACCAGGAGAGGCGGCUUGCCAGAAAAGCUUCUGGCAACGAAGAAGACAGAAGCCCUGUUAUCAUGCAGGAGCAGACCAGGAAGCUGGAGUCCGCAGGCCCCUCUGGCAUCCUGUACCCCAGAGACCCGCCUGCUGACUCCGCUGUGAACGGGAGUCAGACCGAGGGCAGCGAGAAGGAAGCCAGUCGCUCCGAGAGCAGCUUCGACGCAGACAGCGAGGCCUCGGAGAGCGAAAGCGCUCCCAAGCAAGCGGCUCUUGGCUCGUGCAGCCGCAUGCGCGGUUUGCGCGCCAGGCCCGCGAACGUCAGAGCGCCGCUGGGCAGGCCCGGCGCCAGCAGCGACGAGGCCAUCUCCUGCGCCGUGGCCAAACUCGGCCUGUGCGACGCCGCGCGCGAAGCCGAAAAGCCCGGCCGUGGUGACCCGGCGUUCGGCGUGCCAAAUAGUUCCGUGUUCUCCGUGGAGAAACCCGCUUUCUGCCCGAGCCCCCAGAACGCUUUCCAGACGCUCUCGCAGAGUUACAUCACGAGCUCCAAGGAAUGCUCCGUCCAGUCCUGCCUCUACCAGUUCACCUCCGUAGAGCUCCUCAUGGGCAACAACAAGCUUCUGUGCGAGAGCUGCACGGAGCGGAAACACAAGUAUCAGAAGAAACCCAGCGCCACAGAAAAGAAAAUGGAAGGUGUUUAUACAAAUGCUCGGAAACAGCUGCUGAUUUCUUCAGUUCCUGCUAUUCUUAUUCUGCACCUGAAAAGAUUCCACCAGGCUGGUUUGAGUCUCCGGAAGGUAAACAGGCACGUGGAUUUCCCACUGGUUUUAGACUUGGCACCAUUUUGUUCUGCUUCUUGCAAGAACAUCGCGGAUGGUGCCCGAGUGCUGUACAGUCUUUAUGGAAUAGUGGAGCACAGCGGGUCAAUGAGAGGAGGUCACUACGCAGCAUAUGUCAAAGUCAGGACACCCUCCAAGAAAAUACUGGAGCAUAUUUCUGCCACUAAAAACGUUCUAGGUUUAAAAGAGGCUGUGGGAGCAUCGGCAGGACAGUGGGUGUAUGUUAGUGACGCUCACGUUCAGGUGGUGCCAGAAUCACGAGUACUAAAUGCACAAGCAUAUCUGCUCUUUUAUGAAAGAAUAUUAUAAUUUUCAUCUGUUAAAAAAAUAUGGUAGUGGUUAUUUAGUCCAGCUUAUUUAAAUGCUGCAGUGGUAACAGUACUUGUAAAUAUUGUGCCUUUAUCUUGUAGAGAGUUUAUCCUAUGUUGACUCUGGAGCUCAGUCAAGCUAUUAUGAAUAUUUGAAUGGUUCUGUUAAAAUAUGCACUUUGCCGAACGUUUAAAAUUCCUGGACUCAUUAAAAUACAGUGUAGUUAGGAUGUGAGCUGGUGUCCUAUCCUAGUGAAGUCAGUGGAAAGUUUGUUCUCGAUUUUCCUGAAGAUAAGCUUUCGCCCAUAGUUCUGCAACAUAAAGAAUAAAAGUACUGAUAGCUCUAAGUGCCUGG